AUGUCGGGUCAAAUAGCUCCUGCACCCCCCCAUACAAUUUCAACACAACCCGGCUUAACAGAGCAGUAUGUCAAGUUGCCUAAUGGUGAAUGUAUUCCUAUGUCAGUUUAUCAAGAACAGUAUGGACAAACCAUCUUAAGUCAACCAGUAGCUCAACCAGGGCUGAUGUAUGUUCCACCCGCCCCGUCGAUGGUUGGUGUGCCACCAGGGUUGGAAUACUUGACUCUGAUUGACACAGUUUUCGUCAAGCAGAUUAUCGAAUUAAUUGAAGUUAUAACUGAUUUUGAGACUCGUAAUAAAUAUUCCUUACGAAAUGCGAAUGGCGAUCAGGUAUACUACGCAGCGGAAGAAUCAGGCUGUUGUUCUCGACAGUGUUGUGGACCAAACAGAGGGUUCACGAUGCAUAUCACCGAUAACUUCAAAAGAGAAGUAAUAAGAGUUCGCCGUCCAUUCAAAUGCUUCGGUGGAUGCUGUGGAACUUUGGCCUGUUUCCGUUCGAUGGCACAUGAAUGCACCAUUGAAUCUCCUCCUGGAAAUGUUAUAGGAACUGUGAUUCAGACAUGGGGUUGCUGUUCAACCAAGUUCAUAAUUCGGGAUGAAAACGAUAGAGACCUAUUUAAAAUUGAUGGUCCAUGUUGUUGUUUAUUACUAGGCUGUCAAGACAAGGAAUUUCCGGUUCUUACAAUGGAUGGUUUAGCAAUUGGGAGCAUUACAAAGAAAUGGGGAGGAUGUUGCCGCGAAGCAUUCACAGAUGCAGAUGUAUUCAGUGUCAACUUCCCGCUGGAUUUGGAUGUCAAGUUGAAAGCCGUUCUACUCGGAGCUACAUUCCUAGUGGAUUUUGUCGAAUUCGAGAAAGUUAUGAACCAGACACAUGUACAGCAGACUUCAUAA